AAAUAAUUGUUAAACAGAAAAAAAUUAAUUAAUUGCAAAAAUUUCAGAAAGAAAGAACAUAGUGAAUAAAAAAUGCCACCAAAUUUCAAGAACUUUAAAAAGAAAGAGGAAACCUAAAAUCAGCCCUAACAAGAUAAUUCACCGAAUUAAUCUCAAGCUAAUCAAUAGCCACAAUAAUAGUCAUCGCCAAACAAAACAUAGAAAGCACCUGAAAAAAAUUAUGGAGGAUUCUGGGAAGAAUAAGAGGAUAAGCAACCUUAAAAGACAGUUCAAUAAUAGCCUGCUCAAACUAAGGGAAAACCAAAUUUCCUGAAAAAGGAAUAACCUGCUCCUCCACCUGCCCCUGUAUAACAAUAAUAAUAAUAGGCAAAUUAAGUAGUAGAAGAGCCCGUUUAAAAGUAGAGUGAAAAUACUGCUCCACAACCAGAAGUUUAAAAUACUUAAAAGCAGAUUAAAUAAGUAGAGAAUAAAGUAUAAAACAAUAGCAACAUACCUUUAUCUAAAUAAUUUAAAGUACAAACCGAGUAUGACCUAAUAUAACCAGAUUAACUUGAAAACCCUUUGAUACAAUUUGAAGGAAAAUCUGUUGAAGAAGUUAUUGCGCCAGGAGGUGUUAGACUAAAAUAGAAUUAAAAUAUCCUUGAUGAAUUCAAUUAUUCAGCAGCUAACUUCUAAACACCUAUUGUAGGAAGCUUCCUAAUUUCUAAACUCUAUUCUACUUUGAACUUUUAAUAAAAAAUAAGGGCUUUGUAUGCAAUUCAAGAACUCAUUAGAAAAUAAGAAAAAUAUCAAAAGUACUUUAAGCAUCACAUUUAAGUAAUCAAGUCAGCUCCAACUCCUGAAGGCGAUAAUACAAAUACUUUCAGUUAAGAAAUAAAUUUAAUUAGCACCUUAGUUGAUAAUCCUAAUGCAACAAUCGCAAACGAACAUGUUGAUGUAAAGUUUGAAUUUAAGAGCAAUCUUUUGCCUACCAAUUCUAAAAACACCAAUAAAGGUCCUUCAUCAAUAUUAUCUCCUCAUAGCGAUACAAAUAAUACCAGCUACCAAAAUAGUUAAAAUAAUACAGUAAAUUAUUUAGAUGAAUUGGAUUUGUAAGAGUAAUAGACAUCUGAAUAGAAGAAAAAGGGUUUCGAUUUCAUUAAAAAAAAUAAAUAAAACAAAAAUGAAAAUGAAAAUGGAGUUAAAUCUUAGUAAAAUAUAGAAGAAGUAUAGGAAAAUUAGCAAUAAGAAAAUAAAUAAACUAAAAAAGGUUUUAGCUUUUUAAAGAAAAAGUAAGAAGUACAUAGUGUUUAACAAAUUGAAAGCCCUCUACCAGAAGUAAUUUAAAACUAAUAAUAGGAAGCUACAAGUGAGUAACCUAAAAAAAAUGCAUUCUAAUUCAUAAAAAAAUAAAAUUCUGCUUAGACUACUCAACCUUAAUAAUAACAGUAACAACAAAACACUAAUGGAAAUGGAGUUAAUCAUUAAGAUUACUCUAACGGUACAAACUAAGAAAAUAAAUAGGUUCCUUAAUAAAAUGGUACUAAUGGUCAUCACCAUCCUGUGACAAAUAUAACCAAUUAAUUUGAUUCUUUAUCCUUAAAUGGAAAUCAUUAACCUAAUGGAAAUAACACUUCUGCAAAUUAAUAUAGCCCAUAUAGUGGAUAAUACCCUUAAAAUGGAGGUUUUUCUCCCUAUGGAUAAUAAGCAGGUGUACCUCCUCAUGGCUUUUAUCCACCUCCUCCUUAAUAUGGUGCUUAUGGAAUGUACCCUCCUCCUCCUGCUUAUGGGUAUCCUCCAGCUGGAUAUCCAUAUCCAUAUGGAUAUGGAGUUCCCCCCUAAGGCUAUGGAUAACCUAUUCCACCUUAUGGAUAUCCUCCCUACCCUCAAGGGUAUGGUUAAAAUUUUGUAGCUCCUCAACAAGAAUAAAAGUAGUAAGCUUAAGAAAAUUAAGAAAUUAAAAAAGACAGUAGAGAAGAUGCCUUUAACUUUAUAAAGAUCUGA